UCCAUCUUUUCCAUGGCGAAUAGGGUCCAAGGCCUAAAGACCAAUACACCCUUCAUCUUGGCCUCGCAGAAUGUGCCCCCAAUGUGAACUGUGGACACCAUUGUAGGCUAUUUGUCAAAAUGUUCCAUCUUUUCCCAUAGAGUUUCUUUGUUUCUAGUCCAGCAAUUAACCACAAUGCCUUGCUUCAUCUCAGCAAGGAGAUUGAGGUAAUUUAGGCACAGAAAAAGGAGAGCUUUCUUCACCCUUCUUCAACCCAGUUUGCAUCAAAAGGAUAAAAAGAAAAAGGAACCCAUUUCAAGUACAAACCACACUUCUCAUAGAUAGGCCUCAUCAUCUCAAAUGGGAGGAACCCUUCAAGCUACACUUCUCUACUUGGUUCUCUACUUGGUUCUUUUGAAUAUAUGCAGGUGCAGCAACAUUGCUGUUUCUCAAGAUGAGAAAUGGAAGACUGCUACUGCGACAUAUUCCAAAGAAACAGAUGGGUCUAUUAUUACUGAAGGUGCUUGUGGUUAUGGGGACCUACAUAAGAUCAGCUAUGGAAAACACAGUGCUGGGCUGAGUGGCAUUUUAUUCAACAAAGGGAGUACCUGUGGGACUUGUUAUGAGCUGAGAUGUGUUGACCACAUCUUGUGGUGCCUGCAAGGGAGCCCCUCUGUUACUCUCACUGCUACAGAUUUCUGCCCUCCAAAUUAUGGGCUUUCAAAAGAUUAUGGCGGCUGGUGCAAUUUCCCUAGAGAACACUUUGAGAUGUCUGAGGCAGCAUUCGCUGAAAUUGCAAAGAAAAGAGCUGAUAUUGUGCCAGUUCAGUAUAGGAGGGUGAAGUGUGAGAGAAGUGGGGGGCUGAGAUUCAUGAUGAGUGGAAGUUCUCACUUCUACCAAGUCUUGAUUACAAAUGUAGGUUCAGAUGGGGAAAUACUUGCUGUCAAGGUGAAGGGUUCGAGAACCGGUUGGAUUCCGAUGGCCAGGAACUGGGGACAGAACUGGCAAAGCAAUGUCAAUCUUAAAGGGCAGCCUCUUUCCUUUGAGGUAACCAUCAGUAGUGGAAGAACACUCACAUCUUAUAAUGUUGCUCCAGCAAACUGGCAAUUUGAUCAGACAUUUGAAGGGAAACAGUUCUAGCAUGGGAAGCAUGUAAGUUUGAACUUGAAAUGCUCUGGCUAUAAGAUUAUCAUUUCUAUGUGGCUGUCUGAAUGGAACCUCUAAGUCCUGAUCUCAUCAGUUUUGAAGAUUUAAACAGAACUUGCACAUUUACUCAUUGUCAUGUGUCCUUGUAUCACUCCAAUUUGUCUGCUAUCCUACAAAGUUUAGGUUGUGGUCAAAAAGAAGAGAGAAAAUUGUAGAAGAAAGUUGAAAAAAGGGGAAUACGAGGUCCCAGUUUUGUUUCUUAAUGAUAUGAUGAUUAGAAAGUGUAGUAUUUGAUGGAA